AUGACCCAAUUAACACCUCUUUCAUCCUCCUCUCUUGAAUAUAUGAGCCUUUAUUCUUCUUUUAAAUCACAUUUUCCAGAUUGGAAUAUUACCAUUUAUUCGAUUAUCAAAAUUAAUAUGCCAGAACACAUCGUUAAAAAACAUCAAGAAUUUAAGCAAAACCAGGACGUUAAUACAAGUGCUUUGCAACUAUAUCAUGGAACCAAACAUUCUUGUAAUAUUAAAGAAUUGAAUAAUAUAGAUAUGUUAUGCAAGAAUUUUGAAUGUUGUACUUGUGGAAUUAUUCGAAACGGGCCUCAACUAUCUUUGGCGAAAACUCGUGAUCUUGGAACACCAACUGCCAACAUUUCCCAUGAAUAUACUGGUGUGAUUCCUCCUCAGAAUCAAACAACUUCAAAAUACACGAAUUGUUGUGCAGUGUUUUUGAUGGAUGUAGUUGCACCCGAACCAUUUAACGAUGUGUACUUUGUUAGAUCUGAAGAGAUUGACGAAAAAGAUACUCGAAUAGAAGUAUCAACGCGAAAUGAUGUUUCACGUACUCAGGAGAAACAACCAAGUUUAGAAGAACUAGCCACCUUAGAAAAAGUUCCAGACAGAAUGCCAAAGGCCGUAUUUUUAAUUUGCAUAUGUGAAUUUUGUGAAAGAUUUGCCUAUUGGGGCGCGACGGGACCUUUCCAAAACUACAUCGAAUUUCCUGUUCCAAAAGAAAAAGACGGUCAACCUGGAGUUAUUGGCGCCGGUCAACAAACCGCGACAACUCUAAAUCUUUUCUUUCAUUUUUUUUGUUUUGCGCUUCCUGCGUUGGGCGCCAUCAUAGCAGAUCAAUAUUUAGGAAGAUAUAAGACAAUUCUUAUCUUUUCUCUAGUGUACAUUACCGGGUUAAUUAUUUUAACGCUCACUGCAAUUCCGCCCGCAAUAGAGGCCAAAGCUUCAUUACCUGGCCUUAUAGUCUCAAUGAUCAUUAUCGGGAUCGGAACCGGAGGAAUCAAGACAAACUGUGUCACUAUGGCUGCGGAUCAAUUUCCUCGCAAAGAUCCUUACGUUAAAACUUUGAAGUCUGGAAAAAAAGUUAUUGUCGAUCCAGGUCUCACCAUCUCAUCAAUGUUCCAUUGGUUCUUUCUUUCAUUAAGCUUUGGAUCUCUUUCUCCAUUGAUCACAACUUACAUUGAAAAAUAUCAUUCAUUUUGGUUGGCUUUCCUCAUUCCUACUAUAAUGUUUCUCAUUUCAGUUAUAGUCUUUGUCUCUGGAAAUGAUCUAUAUGUUAAAAUACAACCAAAUAGCUCUGCAUUGUUGGAUUUAUUCAAUGUUUUUCGUUUGGCUUUUAAACAUGGUAGAAAUCUUGAUAAUGCUAAACCAUCAAAAUUUUCCUUGGACGCCGCAAAACAAUACAAAAUUAAAUGGGAUGAUAAAUUCGUGGAUCAAAUACGAGCAACAAUUAAAGCUUAUAGAGUUAUUCUAACAUAUCCCAUUUAUUGGGUUUGUUAUAUGCAAGUUUAUAAUAAUUUAAUUUCUCAAGCCGCUACAAUGACGGUUAAGUUCAUACCAAACGAUAUGAUGUAUAAUUUGAAUCCUAUUACUUUGAUGAUUUUCACUCCUAUCGCCAACCACAUCUUCUAUCCUGCCUUGAGACGCAUCGGUAUUAAUUCUCAUCCUGUAACGCGUAUCUCCAUUGGUUUUAUAAUAAUCGCUUCUGCAAUGUUAUAUUCGGCAAUUGUCCAGUAUAUCAUUUAUAAUACUGGUCCAUGUUUUGAGGAAACCCGUUGUAUAAUUGAUGGAAAACCAGUUCCAAACGACAUUAGUAUUUGGUGGCAAGCUCCUUCUUAUAUUCUAGUUGCAUUUUCAGAAAUUUUAGUAUGUAUCACGGGUCUUAAUUAUGUUUACGAUAAGGCACCAUUACAACUUAAAUCUACAAUAACAGCUUUAUACUUAACGACUUUAGCUGCGGGAUCAUUACUAGGAUUUGUUUUUGUCCCGUUAUCAAAAGAUCCUUAUCUAGUUUGGCAAUAUAGCAUUUUAGCCGCAAUUUCAUCUAUUACUGGAAUAUUUUUAUUUAUAUUUUUCAGAGAUUCUGAUGGUGUUUGUAAGGAAGAAGUUAUUUAA